CCAGUCUUCCAAACCCUAAGGCCCGCACCUCUCUUCCUCACUCCCUCACUCUGCCUCUCUGCCUCGCAGCCUCUCUGCCCUCUCACGUGGCCACGGCCCACGCCGUUGCACUGUGCACAUCUCGCUGUCGCCCCCUCAGAAACACAGACCCGCUCUCUCGCCGUUGCACCUCCCCUCACGGCCUCACCUCUCGAGCCGUUCCCGUCGCGCACACAGCCCCUCGGCCCCUCUCUCAACGCUGCGCUGCCCUCUCUGUCUCUCACCGUCUCACGCAGCCCUCCCAUAUCUCACGCAGCCGGCAGGCCCCUCUCUCACGUCUCUCUGUCUUCGACGCCGAAAUUGAGAUCGGACGACGUCACGCCUGUCAACCACAACUGAGCAAGAAACACUGCUGAAGCCUUGUAGAUGCCCCCCAAGCUGAGUACCUUGGGAAAGUUGAUGGCAGGCAAAACCGCAAAAUCUGUUGCGAAGGCAAUUGGGGACUACCAGUACCCGUGGCGGGAGAAAUUGGCAAAAUACAAGGGUGAGCUAUCCAAGGGUGUAUGGGGUUACUGGGAACUGGGGGCCUGGAAGCCCCUUGGCAUCAGUGCUCGUCAUAGAGCUAGACUACGCAAGGAGGUCCUCCUUGCAGGGGAAGAUUGGCCAUAUGAUCCGGAGAGGAAAGAGAUGAGAACCAAGAGGAAAGGGCACAAAUGUGAUAGAAUUGCUGCGGAAAAACGAGAAAACACUGCCAGGCUGAUGCAGGAGAUGCCACAAAUGUUGUUGGAUUACAAGAAACGUAGGUGGGAAAAGAAGAUGAAGGAAGAAGACAAGAACAAGUGAACGGUUCUCUCUCUUGCCCUGAAAAAAAGAAAAGAAAAAUAAUGGUUCUCACUCAAUCUUUUCUUUUCUAGUAACAUGGUUAGCUCUUUGUUACAGUUCCAUAGACUUGGCUUAUAAACUUUGUUUUCAUGCACGUACUUGCAAAGUAUUUCCUGGAGAAAUUUCUUGUGCGGUUGAGUGCACUUUUCA